UCAAGUCACGCACAGUCAAUCAUCCGCCAUUAGUCACCAGACAUUGACAUUCGGCCCCACUUUGAAGGCUAGCAACUCGAUUUUCACCACGAAUUUGACUCAUUUGCCUCAACAACAUAAUAUUAUGAUCUAUUUGCGCUUAAAUUGCCCCUAGUCUUCGGCCGAACGCACUUUUGAUCACCCAGUACAUCAGCAGUUGGCUUAAUUGAACAAGACGGAUGGGCAAGUGCAGUGCAGCCAGCCCAGUCGACAUAGAACACGCUAACAAAGCGAGUACCAAGCGGCCAAUGGUACCGACCGUUUAGGUUAGACGGGGCUCUUAAUUCGACCAAUGGCGUCGUAGGUAUGCACCCUUUGGCCGACUCUCAGCGCAAGUGGCUGCGAUUGAUCCACAAACUUUAGAUAUUCCUGCCAGGAGAUGGACAGGGGCGUUCUAUUGGUCCUGAUGGCCUGCGCCGCAGUGGUUGUAGGCGAUGUGUCCAGUAGGCGCAAACAACGGCCGGCUAACAUCGUGCUAUUCCUUACUGAUGACCAGGACGUAGAGCUGGGCUCCCUCAACUACAUGCCGAAGACCUUGAAGCACGUGCGCGACCAGGGAGUGGAAUUUCGGCACGCCUACGUCACUACCCCUAUGUGCUGCCCGUCGCGCAGCUCCCUGCUUACUGGGAUGUACAUUCACAACCAUCAGGUGUUCACUAACAAAGACAACUGCUCGAGCCCCCGCUGGCAGGCCACCCAUGAAACAAAGUCGUUCGCCACCUAUCUGUCCAACGCCGGCUACCGAACAGGAUAUUUUGGAAAGUACCUGAACAAGUACAACGGGACUUAUGUGCCGCCCGGCUGGCGCGAGUGGGGCGGCCUCAUCAUGAACUCCAAGUACUACAACUACUCGCUCAACAUGAACGGACAGACAAGGCGGCACGGGUUCGAGUACGAGAAGGAUUACUACACGGAUGUGAUAGCGCGGGAUUCAAUCAACUUCAUCCGACACUCCAAGAAGCAGUAUCCGAAUAAGCCGAUCAUGCUGGUGCUGGCGUUUCCUGCGCCCCACGGGCCGGAAGACUCCGCCCCGCAGUACGCCCAGCAGUACUUCAAUGUCACCACCCAUCACACUCCAUCCUACAACUACGCCCCAAACCCAGACAAGCAGUGGAUUCUACAGGUAACCGGGCGGAUGGAAGCGGUGCACAAGGACUUCACUGACUUGCUGAUGACCAAGCGGCUGCAGACGCUGCAAUCGGUGGACGACGCGGUGGAGGCCGUAGUCAAAGAGCUGCAUCACUUGGAGGAGCUGGACAACACCUACGUGGUCUACACGAGCGACCACGGCUACCACUUGGGGCAGUUUGGGCUGAUAAAGGGCAAGAGUUUCCCGUUUGAGUUCGACGUUCGCGUGCCGUUCCUAGUGCGGGGCCCUGGAAUAGAGCCGGGGGCCACUUUGAAUGAAAUCGUGCUCAAUAUCGACCUGGCGCCCACUUUCCUGGACUUGGCGGGCGUGCGUGUGCCGCCCCAGAUGGACGGCCACUCCAUCCUCCCGCUACUCUUCAACCGGAGGCGCGUUAAAUGGCACGACACCUUCCUAAUUGAAAGCUCGGGCCGCAGGGAGACGCCCCAUUUGGAGACAAAAAGACACGAAGGCAACCUGCUACAGUACUCAGUACCUCAAAACGCAAGCGACCUCAACAACGAGCUGCUAGUGCAGCUGUUCAAGAACACGCCCCUUGACGGGGCCAAGGCCAAACCUGGCGACUAUUUGAGCACCAACUUGAUAACCAGGAAAGGGGGAGCACUAUCCAGGGCCAGCCGGGACGCCUUCAAGUGCCUGAAUGAGGCGCAGUGGCCCUGCAGGGGCCGGCAACGCUGGUUUUGCAAGCAGGAGAACGGCAAGUGGCGCAAGUACAAAUGCCGCGAGGAAAAAGCGGUGCUGGACGACGAGGAGAAGCAGUGUGUGUGUUUCACUGCUGAAGGCACCAUCAUCAAGCCAUAUCUGAAGAGGAAUCAACGCAAGGACGAGUACAAGUACUGCUUCUGCGACGAGGAGGGCCAGAGCCCUGGGGAGAAAGUGGAGGAUCUGGAGGAGAAAACCCGCUUGCGCAAGCAGAAGAAACGGGAGGAAGUUUGCCAUCAUGAACGGAUGACCUGCUUCGAGCACAACAAUGACCACUGGCGCACCGCGCCCAGAUGGACGGGCGGCCAGUUCUGCUUCUGCAUGAACGCCAACAACAACACCUACUCCUGUCUGCGCACCAUCAACUUGUCCCACAACUUCCUCUACUGCGAAUUCACCACCGGUUUCAUCACCUUCUACAACCUACGCAUAGACCCCUUCGAGCUGCAGAAUCGCUACGAUCACCUCAACCGCACCGAGAGGGGCUUUCUGCACGACGUCCUCAAGCAGAUGGUCACCUGCAAGGGGGCCGCCUGCAUCCGCCAUCUCAACACCCCGCUGCGCCUUAGCGGCUUCCCGCAGGCCAGAAUUUAACAGCUCAUUACCCGUUUAUUAUUACUAGCAUAGAACAAUAAAUCCAUAUCAGUAUUAA